GGGAUCCAACCUGUCAAUACAUUAAAAGAGAUGAUUCUGGGUACUGUCAAAACGUUAAAAGAGAUACUUCAGGGUGUUUAACCUGUCCAUAUAUCAAAAGAGAUGGUUCAAUUUGUGGAAAAGGUUGUUAG